UCCCAUACCCAAACCAGCAAAAUGACCACAUCCAGCAGGCAGAGCUCUUCUACGUCUAUGGUCAACAACUUGGCCAAAAUAUUUGAUCCAAACGCUUUGCAAAACCAAGGGCCUGAUACUGGAAUGGAACCUCCUCAAAUUCUUCAAGUUGAAAGCAGUGAUGUCAGCACAUCUGAAAGUUUUAACAUCAUGGAUAUGAAGUUUGCCUCCCUUGAACAGAAAAUUGAUAAGCUGUUGACUCUGCAAGAGAAUGUACUUAAGAAGCUUAACAGUGUUUCCCAAGAAAUAUGUUGCAUUGAAGAAGACAUUGAGAUGGUAAAGGCGGAAACAUCUGAACCUGGAUCAAGGAUGGAAAGAAACAAAAAACUGAGAAGUAAUGAAGUGAAGAGACUUUGCCUUAAAAUGAAAAAAUCUCUUUGUGAUAUAAACAAGAAUGCAGAACAGCAGGUUAAAAGACUAGAUGGACUUGAACAAAGUGUUGCUGGACUACAGAAGCUUGUAGGGCCUCUGAUUGAGAAGGUGAAAACAUUAAUUAUCCAUAAUUCAAGUGUAAAACACCAUGUUCAAAAACGUAAAGUUUGCAGGGUGGGUGAUUAUAGAAAAAGAGCUGGAAAUCCCUUUAGGAUGCACGUUUUCUCGGAGACAACAGCUGGUGAUCUGCUCAAGAAGAAAAAUGAAAAGGUCAUCGAAGAAAAAUUACAUUUGAAUGAAACAGAAACAAAAGAAAAGAAGCCACCAGAUUCAACAGAGGGGGCCAUCCAGAAGAGCCAGUCCAGCUCUCAGGAAGAAGAAGUUGAUAAGCUCAAUGAGGAAAAUGCCAAGAGGGAAAGUUCUGCUCUGCUUGAGGUGGAUCCUCCCAAAUUUCAUACUGAAGGAUCAGAGGAGAAAGAAGAAAAUUUGGCUUUUGAAACUUAUUAUGAAUAUAGGAGAAAUUCUGUUCAGGAAGAACAGAAUGUAGGAGAAUAUAGGAGAAAUUCUGUUCAGGAAGAACAGAAUGUAGGAGAAUAUAGGAGAAACUCUGUUCAGGAAUCAUUGGCUCCAGCAAAGCAGCAGGAAGAAAAUGCUGUUGAUGAUGCUUGUCAAAGGCUAACUGUGCAGGAGAUAGAGAAUGAGUCCCCAGCAGAUGAGGAGAGGAGGGAGGAACAUCAGGUGCCUGGAGAUGAAGAGCAAGAGGAGAGGGAGAAUGAAGGGGAGGGAAAUGCCGAUAAGAGUGAAAAAAAUGUUGAGGAACCAUCAGCUCCUUCCCAAAAGGAAGAUGAGGCAGAACAAAGCGAUGAUCAAGAGGCACUAGAGGGAAGGUGUAAAAGCUGCGAAAAAGAUGAUAUUCCUACUCCACCAGCACCAUUUGAUCACCGGAUUGUAUCAGCCAAAAGGGUGGGGAUCAACAGUUAUUAUAAUGUCAACGAGGAUGAAAUUCUGGGAGGAGGGCGAUUUGGACAAGUGCACAAAUGCGAAGAGAAAGCAACGGGUCUCAAGCUAGCAGCCAAAAUUAUAAAAGCAAAAGGUCCAAAACAGAAGGAUGAAGUUAAAAAUGAAAUCAAUGUCAUGAACCAGCUGAAUCACGUGAACCUCAUCCAGCUAUAUGAUGCCUUUGAAUCUAAAAAUGACAUUGUACUCGUCAUGGAAUAUGUGGAAGGAGGAGAGUUAUUUGACCGAAUUAUUGAUGAAAACUACAAUUUGACAGAGAUGGAUACUAUCUCAUUCAUAAAACAAAUCUGCAAGGGAAUUCAGUACAUGCACCAAAUGUACAUUCUUCAUUUGGAUCUCAAGCCUGAGAAUAUCCUGUGUGUGAAUCGAGAGGCAAAUCAAAUAAAAAUUAUUGAUUUUGGAUUGGCAAGAAGAUAUAAACCCAGGGAAAAGCUUCGAGUUAACUUUGGGACUCCAGAAUUUCUUGCUCCUGAAGUCGUGAAUUAUGAGUUUGUCUCUUUUCCUACAGACAUGUGGAGUUUAGGAGUCAUUGCUUAUAUGCUCCUCAGUGGAUUGUCUCCUUUUUUGGGUGAUGAUGACAACGAGACCCUCAACAAUAUCCUGGCCUGUAGCUGGGAUUUUGAAGAAGAGGAAUUUCGAGGUGUUUCUGAUGAGGCCAAAGAUUUCAUUUCAAAGCUUCUCAUCAAGGAAAAAUGCUGGAGAUUAAGUGCAACUGCUGCCUUAAAACACCCAUGGUUAACAGACCACGAGCUCCACUACAGACUCCAGAAAAAGGCUAAAGGUCACUGUGUAUCUCAAGCACCCUUGGCUCAGUAACCUUUCUGAAAGAGCUGCCAAACAGAAGAAAAGCUGCUGUGUGGUUACUGCUGCUAAGAGAUUUGAAAAUAUCAGCAGUCUUGGUGCUUUACCCCCCUGCCAUGACUGAGACUUCUACUAAAUGGACCAACAGCACUUUAGUCGCAGGACAAGUCCCAGCAUUGAGG